CUUAUACAAAAUGAAUACAACAAUGGAUCUGAAGAGAUCCACAUCCGAGGACGAUGCAAGCAGCUCUUUACGAGACAGUGGUAUAUCUUUAUCCGAUGAAACGCUCGAAGAAGAAAUUCUUGGUGAAGAUGAAAUUCUUGGUGAGGAAGAAAUUAUUGAAAAGAAGAGGAAAUGGCGAAAAGCACCCAAAAAAUAUGAUUGCGCGAUAUGUGACAAAGAAUUCAAAGGUCUAACAGAUUUGAAACGACAUUUACUGAUUCAUUCGAAUGAGAAACCCUACAAAUGUGACAUGUGUGAGAAAUCCUAUCGACAAAAAGUCAAUCUGAACUAUCACAUUAAAAUGGUGCAUAGCAAUGAAAAGGAAUUUAUUUGUGGAUUCUGUAAGAAACCAUUUGCCUAUAAGCAACGUUUAAGAUUGCACUUGAGGACACACACAGGAGAGAAGCCUUAUUGUUGUCAAUAUUGUACAAGUACUUUUGCCCGAAGUGGACAGCUCAAAUUACAUUUAGAAACUCACGAGGCAAACAAAUACAAUUGUGAGAUAUGUUCUUCUACGUUUACCAGUGAAAGAAAGCUAAAAUGUCAUAUGGCACGACAUGGUGACGAACCAAAUCGUAUUUGUCAAAUAUGCAAAAAAGCAUUUAUGAAUUCGAAAAUUAUGCAGGCUCAUAUGAUUAGAGUUCACUCGCAUGUUGAACAAUUCGAGUGUCCAAUAUGUGAGCUAACAAUUACAACAGAGGAUCUGCAAACUCAUAUGAAAGUACAUAAUCCACCUAAGCGAUAUAAAUGUGAACAUUGUGAGGCGGCUUUUGUUCAAAAAUGUCAGUAUAAAGUUCAUUUGAGGAAACAUACGGGAGAAAGACCUUUUCAAUGCAAGGUUUGCUGGAUGGCCUUUGCACACAAUAGUGUUCUAAAACUACACAUAAGAAAACACACUGGAGAAAAACCAAUAAAAUGCUUGCUGUGCAAGGAUUCCUAUGUAGCAUUUUCACAACUGGCUCACUUAAAAACCCACAUGCGUACCAUACACAAAAAAGAAAAUUCAUAUGCCUGUGAAGGAUGCAAAGAAUGCUUCAAAGUGAAAUUCCAUUUGGAUAGUCACAUGGAAGCUUGUAAGAAAUAUCAAAUUCUUAAAGGAACUUCCGAUCCCCUUGAAAUCGAUGAAAAUACAGAAAAAGAUACUGAAUUACUAACUCGCCUUAGAUAUCUUAUAGCUGUGCUAAUUAAGAAUAUAUCAACACCCGAAAAACUAACUGAAUUGGGUUUUGGAAAGCGACUCAUUGAUAAUGUACUGAUGGCAUCUCUCAAAAUAGCCAAGCAAAAAUGUUUUGAAAAGAAGAAAAUGCAUGAACUUGACAGACUGAAAUUGAAUAUAGAAUCAUUCUUAGAAUGGAUUGUUCCCGAGCAAAUGUGGACUGAAUUUAAAAGUGAAUGUUCAGCUAUAGAGAAUAUAUUGGAUAAAAUUGUUACCAUGUAUUUGAAACAGGUAGAGUAACAAACAAAAAAAUAUCCUUGAAGAAACCCAAACCAAAACAAAAAACACAAAUUUCGCAAUGUACUAUAUUGUGCCAUACCAAAUUUUCUAAUUUAAGUUAGAUACUAACUUUAUUUUUCAUGAAUUUAUAACUAAUGGUGGUGGUCUCUUUCUUGCCAUAAUAAUUUUAAGUUACAAAAAAAAUCUAUUGAUGUUGGAAACAAAAUGAAAUAUAAAACAACUUUAAGU